AUGCACUCUUGCCUCGCCAUAGAUCAAAUAGGCAUAGGCACACCAUGUUCGUUUCCGUGCCAUGUAGGACACCUACCACGACCGUCUUCUACCUUUGGACUUGGUUUUCGUCUUCUCACUCCCAAAUCAAUCUCAGACAUUACCUCCUACUCUCUUCUCGCUGGCACACUCAGAUAUCCACUAACAACAACCACCAUCAAGCAUCGGAUUCGUCGCCGCCAAGUCACGUCAGCUCCCGCCACUAUGCUUCCUCAAAACCCGCUCGUCGCUGAUAUUUGCGCCACCUUCAUUGCCGGUGGUGUUGCUCUGUUCUUCCUUCUGUUGUGGGAAGAGACCGCCAAACGUGGGGUCUUCGACCAGAAACUCAAUAGAAAGUGUGUGCAUGUAAGCAUUGGCCUAGUUUUCAUGCUUUGCUGGCCGCUAUUCAGUUCUGGCCUUCGAGGAGCAUUUUUAGCAUCUCUUACUCCAGGCAUAAAUAUUUUCCGUAUGCUUCUAUUGGGACUCGGUAUAUGGAAAGAUGAAGCAACAGUGAAAUCAAUAAGCAGAUAUGGAGACUACAGGGAACUUCUUAAGGGGCCACUGUACUAUGCCAUAACAAUAACUUUGGCUUGUAUAAUCUAUUGGAGAACUUCCCCCAUUGCAAUUGCUCUUAUAUGCAAUCUGUGUGCUGGAGAUGGUUUAGCAGACAUUGUUGGUAGGCGGUUUGGUACUCGGAAAAUUCCAUACAACAGAAACAAAUCCAUAGUUGGUAGUGUUGCAAUGGCAUCUGCUGGUUUUUUAACAUCUAUCGGGUAUAUGCACUAUUUCUCCAGAUUUGGAUUUGUUCAGGAGAGUUGGGGUAUGGUUUUGGGUUUCUUGGUUGUGUCUCUUGCCUCGGCACUGGUAGAAUCACUCCCGAUAAGCACUAACCUUGAUGACAACCUAACAGUUCCACUUGCUUCUAUAUUAGUCGGCAGUUUGGUUUUCUGA